AUGGAUGGUGACAUUUUGAAUGUUUUGAAUUCUAUCAAAACUGUGGGAAAAGACAAUGUUGCAAUCUGUAUUCCCUUUGAGAGACUUGCUCAAUAUUUAUUACUUGAUAAGGAUAGUCUUCCGAGUAACCUUCGCUUAUCACUCAUUGAAUGUAUCGCGAAUAUGGCGUUCGAUCCAUCAAUCAUCGGAUUAAAAGGUUUUGAGUUAUUAUUUCCUGGCUUGUGGAAUUUGGUAUAUCUCUCCCCUUCAACGGACAGAACUAUAUCAUCACUUGUAUUCCCUGUAUUAAAUCAGAUUAUACAGUUUAAUGCCUUUGUCGAUUUCAAUGGUAGCCUUCCAUCUGUUUUGACUAUUUCAGUCAAAAAAACAUGUGAAUUAUAUAUGCCUGAAACAGAUUGUCUUUUAUUUUUGAGUGAACUUCUACGUUAUGGUGUAAAAAACAAUAUAGAUUUGGAAGAUUCUCUGUUAAAGAGCUUGGCCGUUUGUUGUGAAAAAUUCGAUCCAUCGUGUAAAGAUGAUUUGCUUUGGAAUUACUUAAUUUUAAUGAUAAAAUUAAUAAAUUUAAUGCCUACAGUUGAUAAUGGUAUAGGUUUAUUAGAACAUCUUAAACAUCCAAUUCUGUUUUGUUUGAAUUGCUUGAAGACUGAACGAUUUUACAGCAUCAAUAAACAAUUCUGUAUAGUUCUCCAAUUUUUGGUCGCUUUGUCAAACGUUUUUCAAUCAUUAAAAUGGUUGGAAAAUUUUUGCAAUCAAACUAAUCAUGGUGAACCAUUUACUCUUGUUGUUACAACCCUUACUAUUGAACUACGAUUAUAUCUGACUCAGAAAUCCUCAGGAAACAAUAACAGUAAGAUUGUUAACAAUAAUGUUCAGUGCGUUUUGAAUUCUGGCAGUGAGGAAGAGAAAACUUUCAGAACAUCGUCAGAAAAUUGUACAGAUAUAUUGAUUUGCUCAGAUUCUUCAGUAAUUAAUUGCAAUAUAUUAGAAGCAUGUUUACUUUUAUUUCAAUAUUGCCUACAAGAAUUACAGAAGAGUGACACUGAUGAUAAUAAUUUAGAUACUGCUAAUAAAUGUAGUGACAAUUCUUCUUAUCGCUCCUUAAUUUCAUAUGCUACUGACGAUACAGUGAAAAAUAUUUGGUUACAAUGUUUAGAUACUGGUGAAUUGUUACGAAAUUUACUGAGUUCAUUUAAUCCUUCUAUAAAAAAUCAAGAUCCCAGUUGUGAAAUAUGUACUGAUACACACUUUUUAUGGGAUAGGUCGGUUAAUGAAAUUAAACCGCUUGGUACAGUUUUACUUGAAACAUAUUUCAGUUGGAUUGAAUUAUACUUUAAGACACAUUGUAUGGAACUAGAAAAGGACUUUGAAAUCAUGUCUGUUUUUGAAGAACUAUUCAAUAACUAUUUAACUCCAGUUUUACCGAUUUUGGAUACACUGAUGACAAAUUUCUUUGAAAAUCAUCGUUUGUCAACUGCCUCGCAUCAAAUUUCAUCUACAGAUAAUUCGAAAAUCGUUCAAUCCGUUGCAAACAUUUCAACUAUUUUAGUUCAGCUGUAUAGAAUUCCCUCAAAUACUGACUUGUUUGCUAACUUAUUUGGAUAUAAUUCGACUGGUAGACCAUUUCGUGGAAAUAUGGUUUGCAAAUGGUUGAAAGAGAGUUGUUGCGCGAAUAUUAUAACUGCCCAGAAAUCUAAUAUGUGUUCAUUCGUUACCCUUGUUACUAACAUCUUGGAACUUAUAAACAAAUGUCUGUUGAAUACGCUGUUAUUCGACACGAAGGACAGUAUACAGGAAACCAAUUUAUUUAUGUGGCUUUUGAGUCCUGGCGAAUUAUUGAAAUUUUUUGUUUGUAAUUGGAUCUCUUUCAUAGAUUCUCUAAUUGUAAAUCAACCAUCUCUUUGCAUAGAAUAUAUUUGUACAGUUAUUAAAAUAUGGAUAGUUUAUUACAAAUGGUCCAAAUUAUUCAGUUCUAAUUUAUGUGAUCAAAUGAAAAAAUGUCUAUCGGAUAUUCCUGAUGAACUUUUGAAGAGAAUCGAUAAACUUUUAUCUUUGUUUGAGGUUGAAUCAUUGGAUUCUUCAGCUGGAUAUCAUCUUUCUAAUCUUCGCGAUGUUUUCACCGAAGCCGCUAAUUUGGAUACACGGUUCUCAGACAUCUCUACUCUUGUUAGAGACUUUUAA